CAUGUUAAGUUUAUUUUUGUUUUGUUUUGUUUUUUUUUUUGGUACAUAACUUUCAUCAAUUUUUUCUUUGUUUUUUGCUUCACAACUGAACAGACUGGGGAAGAAGAUGAUCGGAGAUGUAGAGAAAAUGGUUGCGAUCGGUCUCGUGUGGGGCGCCACCAACGCUCUGAUGCGUCGUGGCGCCCUUCUCUGGGACCAAGCUCUCAAAUCUUCCUCCAAUUCAACCAAACUCCUUUCCUCCCUCCGUCGAUGGCUCAAGCUCCUCUCUAUCUGGCAAUAUACUCUUCCCUUUUUGCUUAAUCUCACUGCCUCCGCUACUUUCUUCGCCAUUCUAAGCGAUGCCCCAAUAUCGCUCGCCGUUCCGAUCACCAACGCCACUACUUUUGCUGCCACCGCCGUGUUCGGAAUGCUCCUUGGCGAGGACACUCGUGUCGGGUACGCUCUGUUUGGUACUGCUCUCAUUGGUUUGGGCGUAUGGCUUUGCAUUAACUAAUUGUAUUUUUUGAAUGGGAGAACUUAGGUUUUGAGGUUUAUUUGUAAUCGGUUUGCUUAUCAUUCUUUUCUUGUAAUUUUCCUCGUUCCCGAGAUGUAUGAUAUGAAUCUGUCCAGUGUUGGCACUUAUUAAUUACUCUGUGAUUAACCGUA